UGAUACUUUCCUGACUAUCGUAACCAGGAAAUAAAUCACGGAAGUAGCUAGAUGACACAUCCAUGCUUCUUUAAAAUAGCCGUGAUAUUGCAAUUUCGAGAUGCAAAGUGACGAGCAGAAUUCGGAGAUUUUAUAAUGCACAAAAUAUGAACCAAUAGCCAUUACAUUUGAUUGGUAAAAGACAUGAGGAGACUUACAGUGUGGUCAACGAUAUCUAGCCAUGGUUAGCCUAGCACCAGCAGACACCUGUGACCUUAAUGACCAGUCCAUAAACUACACUAACGUUACAGUAUGAGCAAUUCAUCAACCGAUGUUAAUCUGCCUCAGCUAAAUUCUCUCUGAGUUUCGCAUCUGUCCUUGGCUCGGUUUCAGAAGAGGAUAGAGUCGCUACGGUAUCUGCCUGACACAUUUCGUAUUUGAAUGACUAGACGGGAGUCCGGAGCAUGUUUCAGAAAACCUCUUUCACGACGCUGAUAGUCGGGGUGUUCGUUGUGUAUGUUUUGCACACUUGCUGGGUGAUGUAUGGCAUCGUUUACACCAAACCUUGUGAGAACCCCAAAUUCGAAAACUGCAUCAACCCAUAUUUGGCAGGAAAACCAAGAUUGCAGUUGAGUAUCUACACAGCCUUGCGACCCAAUGCUGAUGGGGGACACACCCUCAUUCACGAGGAGGAGGACUUUGAUGUUGAGACCAAGUUUGAAAGGAUAGUGAAUGUGUCUCUCCCAAAGAAGACCUGUAAGAAUGGGACGCUCUAUGCCAUGGUGUUUCUUCACCAGGCAGGUAUGUCCCCGUGGCAGGACCCCAGACAGGUGCAUCUGGUGUCCCAGCUCACCACCUACAUGAUACCCAAACCACCAGAGGUCAGCCUGAUCUCAGGGGAGGAAGCGACACAGGCGGAGCAGCUGAAACGGAAGCCCAAAGGAGGUGACUCUGCAGUGGAUCGGCCCGUGUCUCACUGGCGCUCCCGUCUCACCCUCAAUGUGGUGUCAGAGGACUUUAUCUUCGACAGGGACUUCCUGCCCAGUGACGUGCACCGCUACCUGCGAGUAUUUCAAAAUGGAAAGAAGAGGGUGUACCUUCCACUGCUGUUUGUGGAUGAGCUGAGCAACAGAGUGAAGGACUUGAUGGAGAUCAACAGCACCAGCACGGAACUCCCUCUCACUAUCUCCUAUGACACCAUCUCCCUCGGGAAACUCCGCUUCUGGAUUCACAUGCAAGAUGCCGUCUACUCUCUGCAACAGUUCGGCUUCACUGAGAAAGAUGCUGAUGAAAUCAAGGGCAUUUUUGUGGAAACCAACCUGUACUUCUUAGCCCUCACCUUCUUCGUGGCUGCCUUUCAUCUCCUGUUUGAUUUCCUGGCCUUCAAACAUGACAUCAGCUUCUGGAAGCAGAAGAAAAGCAUGGUGGGAAUGUCCAGCAAAGCAGUACUGUGGAGGUGUUUCAGCACCAUUGUGAUUUUCAUGUACCUGUUUGAUGAGCAGACCAGCCUGCUGGUCCUCAUUCCUGCUGGAGUAGGCUCCAUGAUCGAGGUGUGGAAGGUGAAGAAAGCCUUUAAAAUACAGGUUAUCUGGAAAGGUGUAAAACCCACAUUUAUUUUUGGAAAGUCUGACGAAUCAGAGAGGAGGACUGUAGAGUAUGAUACUCUUGCAAUGAAGUACCUGUCGUAUUUACUCUACCCAAUGUGUAUUGGAGGAGCGGUUUAUGCCUUAGUGUUUUUGAGAUACAAAAGUUGGUUCUCCUGGAUCAUCAACAGUUUAGUGAAUGGAGUGUACGUUUUUGGAUUCCUCUUCAUGCUACCUCAACUCUUUGUUAACUACAAGUUCAAAUCUGUGGCACAUCUACCCUGGAAAGCAUUCAUGUAUAAAGCGUUCAACACCUUUAUCGACGACAUAUUUGCCUUCAUCAUCACAAUGCCCACCUCCCACCGGUUAGCCUGCUUCAGGGAUGAUGUGGUCUUCCUCGUCUACUUGUACCAGAGAUGGCUGUAUCCUGUUGAUAAGACCAGAAUGAACGAAUACGGACUGUCUUACACUGAGGAGGAGAAACCCAAAGGAAAGGCCCACAAAGACUAAAACUGAUCACAGACACACAUGCAGGUCCUGAGAGCCAUAUGUAGAAUAUGGACCUACACGUUGCUGUGUUGGGAUUGGGUACAAUGCCUAUAAAACACAUUGGUGUUAUUUGUCAGAAGGUGGAUUUGCCUAGGGAAGGUUCAGUUAUCCUUACUGCCAAGCUAAGCCCCUCACUCCCAGCCAGUCACCACCUUAUACCUACCCAGACCAUUGAAGACUUGAGUGGGCUUUCCUAAGCAAUGCGAUGCCUAGCACAGCACUGGUUGAAUUGACCACAGCUGCCUCCAGUUGAAGGAGCAUGGACCAACCCAUUAUGUAUACCAUGAUUGGUGAAUGUGUUUGUCUAUGGAAUGAGACCAACUCAGUCCCACACACCCCUUGCCUGCCUACACCUGUCGUCCCCCCACCCAUCCCCACACAUCCAAUUUAUAAAAAAAGAACACCUGGUGUUUCAUAUCAUGAUGUCAUCAUCAGGAGACGCUGACUGAUGUCACCACGUUUUGUUCUCUUGGUCAAAACGUCCAGAAUCCUAUUUGAUCAUUCAAGAAAAGAUAUGUGCAUUGGUUUGUAUUUGACCUUGUAUUAGAACAUGAAGACCAUGAGAUGAUGGUGCCAAAUAUGGAAAAUUAUAUUUGAUGUGCUUUGAAUGUGACAUUUUGUGAUGUUACAUUUUGUUAAUUGUUAUUAAAGCAUUUGAUAGUGUUUGAUUGUUUUGGUGGAGUUUUGAGUAAAUUAAUAAAUUGACUUCAGUGUUAUAAGGA